AUGGAGUCGGACAAGCACAAGCCGUCUGGGGAGGAUCAGCCAUCUGGAGAGGACAAGCAAUCCAAGGAGGCCAAGGCUACCAAUGAAGACUACGAUGUUAUUCGUAACUAUCUGAGUCCCCGUUCGAGCAUCUUUCAGGACUUGAUUGAAACCCAGGACAAGGUCAAGAAUGAUCCCGCCGCCGACGAACACUUCAAAAGACUGAAAGAAAGCAUCAUGAAGGUCUCGCAAGAUAAACAGCUCGGCUUUUUCAAAAUGGGCGCUCGCAUUUGCAGUGAGAUGCAGCAAAAGGAGGAUAUCAUCCCCCGGCCUCAGAGAACGGUUCAGCUGAAAGCUUUCGAUAUCUGCAUGGCUCCAGGUGCUUUCUCACACGUGAUCCUCAAUGUCAAUCGAUUCGCGGAGAUUCGAGCUCUGACGCUGCCAAAGCAAGACGGCGGACAUGAGCUUCUUCUCCCAAACUGGCAAACCGACAGGAGAUUCAAGGUCCAUUUCCUGGAUGUCACCAUGCUCCCCGCUGCUAUGGGAUUCCCCGACCUCAUCCCCACCGACCACCCUCAAGCUGUUAAAUUCUCCAAUGAAUUCCACUACAAGAACGAAACCUUCGACAUCGUCUUCUGUGACGGUGCGGUUUUGCAUACCCACGAUCGUGGCCAGGAAACACCCGGCGAGGCCGUUCGUCUCUCAAGUGCUCAACUCGUGCUCGGCCUCCAGAACCUCAAGUCUGCCGGCACGUUCAAGUUCGCCCGCGUCUCGCUGUUCAAGCCCACCGUCAGCCACAGAAACCGUAGCUCAUUCUACCUGAUCGCCAAGAACGUUGAGACCACCAGCCCGGAGGCCAAAAAGUUCCUUCGGAGUCACCGACUCAAGUGGCUGCGUAAGACGGUCGAAAGCUUUGAUUUGAAAAUGCCUGACAUCGAGCCCCAGGAAGAAGAGGAGCCGAUGGAGUCGAUCAUUUCCGCCAUUGGCGAUGAACUUAUUCGACUUGCUGAACCUCUUUGGAAGAUUCAAAUUUUAGCCAUGAAGCAGUUGUUCCUCAAGCCAAAGCCCACCCAGGAGGAGUGA